AUGGCCUAUGAUCGCUAUAUUGCCAUCUGCAAACCCCUGCACUAUGGGACCCUCCUGGGCAGCAGAGCUUGUGUCCGCAUGGCAGCAGCUGCCUGGGCCAGUGGGUUUCUCUAUGCUGUGCUGCACACUGCCAAUACAUUUUCACUACCACUCUGUCAAGGCAAUGUUGUGGGCCAGUUCUUCUGUGAAAUCCCCCAGAUCCUCAAGCUCUCCUGCUCAGAUGCCUAUCUCACGGAAGUUGGGUUUCUUGUGCUUAGUGCCUGUUUAGCAUUUGGUUGUUUUGUUUUCAUUGUUUUCUCCUACGUGCAGAUCUUCCUGGCCGUGCUGAGGAUCCCCUCUGAGCAGGGACGCCACAAAGCCUUUUCCACGUGCCUCCCUCACCUGGCCGUGGUCUCCCUGUUUGUUAGCACUGCAGCGUUUGCCUACCUGAAGCCCCCCUCCAUCUCCUCCCCAUCCCUCGAUCUGGUGGUGGCAGUUCUGUACUUGGUGGUGCCUCCAGCAGUGAACCCCCUCCUCUAC